CCUUGGAAGCCAAGCCCCUUUGUAAUCUACAUAAGCUCCACUCCCCAGGGAUCCAGUGACUGCAGAAACUGGCCUUCCACUUGCGCUUGCCUGGAAUCCAAGCUAGAGUCCCAGGCUCCUCCAGGGGACUGAGGCCAUCAUGGCUCAGGAGAAAUCCCUCAUCCUGUUCUCACUGCUUGUCCUGGUGCUACUAGUGCUGGGGUGGGUCCAGCCUUCCCUGGGCAAGGAAUCACGGGCCAUGAAGUUCCAGCGGCAACACAUGGACCCAGACGGCUACCCCAGCAACAACUCCAACUACUGCAACCAAAUGAUGAGGCGCCAGCAUAUGACAGAGGGACGGUGCAAGCCAGUGAACACCUUCGUGCACGAGCCUCUCGUAGAUGUGCAGGCCAUUUGCCUCCAGGGAAACAUCACCUGCAAGAAUGGGCAGCCCAACUGCCACAAGAGCAGCUCCAGCAUGAACAUCACAGACUGUCAUGAGACGAGUGACUCCAAGUACCCCAACUGUGCCUACCGCACCAGCCAGAAAGAGAGGCACAUCAUCGUGGCCUAUGAGGUUAACCCGUACGUGCCCGUCCACUUUGAUGCUUCAGUAGAGGUCUCCACCGGAGACCGGAGCAGUGAGAUGCCCCACGAGUCAUCUGUCUCUCCCUCAUCCUUGCUACCACUGAGGGAAAUGACUCAAGGUAGGGCUGCUAUGCAACACAAAAGGGUUUCCCUGGCCUGAGACUUGUGCCUGCGUGGUUUGGGGGAUGAGAAGUGGGUUGUGAAGUGGGUCCCAUGUGAACCACUUUACUGCUUC